AUGAAGGGUUGCUCCAUUCUUACUGAAGUGGAGUCCAAUCGCGAAUGGGCCUCAGCACUUUCGGCACAAUGCGCCUGGGAGUCACCGUAUGACCGGGCUUUCCACGCAGCCACUCUAGCAAGGUUCCGCCAAGUCUGCAGUGCGGCAGGCGCUGCACUGCCUCAGGACCACUUAGACCAUGCAGUCACAGAGCGGGAAGUGGUUGAUGUCAAAAACAACUGGUCCACUUCCAAAGGCAUGCCACCUGACCUCCUGCCCCGUGCGAUUUUUCAGGCAAACUCGGCUGGUUGGAAUUUAACAGUGUGGAGCUUGCAACGUUGGGCUGGACCAGGUGGCGCCGCCUACCGUCCAAGCCUAUGGCGCAAAGCCGCCUUGUGCCCUGUGCACAAAAAUGGCCCUGCCAACCUCGCUGCAAGCUUCCGCUUAAUCUUCGUGAAAGUCCAAAUGGGCCUUCUUCAAGAAGCUCUUCUAACCCAGCGCUGGCUUAGCAGAACACGCUCGCAUGUUCAACCAUGUCAAAGCGGCUUUGUUCGGGGCGUAGAGGAUGCGCAUCUUCUGCUACAUGAAAUCUCAGCCGAAGCGAUUGCCCAACAACGUGCGCUGUGGAUGGUGAUGGGCGAUUUUCGCAAAGCAUUUCCCAGCGUUUGCAGGGAGGAUCUUGUAUGCACCUUAGCAGACGGCCCCCAUAUCAACGGACAGUGCUUAAAGCUCCUUGCCAACAUCUUGGAGCGCGAUUCCGUGGUCAUCUGGCAUAGUGGCUACAGCGAAGUCACUGUGAAUCAAGGGAUUCCUGAAGGUGGUACGCUCGGGCCAUUUGGUUACCCCGUUUUACUGGACACCUUAGUCCGCGAACUGCUUGCGCACAACUGCGGCUUAGGUGUUGGUUGGGUCAUUCCUGACAUUUGGAAGGGGCUCCUUGAUGAAAGCCCGAACCUGGAAGCUUCCGCAUUACAAGCACUCAGCGAUAUGGCUCCGCUACGCAUUGCAGCAAUUCUCCACGCUGACGACCCCGUGCUACUUGGUUGUUGCAGAUGGUCGUUGCAGAAAAGCUUGGACAUUCUUGCAAACUGGGCGUUUAAGCACAAAGCAUCUUUUCACGUCACUGAAAAGAAAACGGUGGCCAUGGUCACGCCCAGUUCCACCGGCGACUCAAGUCACCCUCUGCCAGCGGCCCCUAUCCUGAAAGGGAUCGCGGGGCAGGAAGAUCGUGCCUUGGCUUUCAAGACUGGCCAUAAAUGGCUAGGCUUGUACUGGUCUGCCAGUCUGGAUCUCUCCGUAGCUUUGCGCACCAGACUCGCCAUAGCACAGAAGGCCUUCGCACUGCUGGCAGGGUUAGCGCAGCGUGACGCGCUGCCGCUUCACCUGGUCUCGUCAAUUUUUUGGAGUAAGGUUUUCCCAUCGUUAUGUGUUGGCUCGUGGCUGUUGGGUAUUGCGCCAGAUGCACAGCACAUUAUGGACUCUACCCUAAAGUCCUGGGCAAAGCAGCUUCUUGGAGCCAGCGAAUGGCAAAAUGCAGCCACUGCCGUUUCAGAGUUGGGUUGGGACACUUCAGGGUUCUUCAUCGUGGUCUCGCAUGUGGCCUUGCGCAGAGCUAAGCUGUGGUCCAUGCCGGCGGAAGACCUCUACGCUAGUGUCUUCCGCUGCUCGCAUGCUUGGCCGACCUCUUGGGCCCAAAAAAGCCAGGCUUUGCUCGAAGCAUAUAGCAUCUUGGAUUUCCCCAACUGGACCUACCAAGGAGGGACGUUGGAGAAGUAUCAGCUGUAUGUGAGAAACCGCUGCAGAGAGCUUAGUUUGCCGGCCUGGAAGGCCGAGGCCGAAAGAUCCACCAAAGUGCCCCCGUACCUGAGCUUCCAGCCCUGUCAUAGCACAUUGCUUCAACUUGUGGCUUCUGCCCCUCUGGGUUGGGAAGACCGGCAAUCCAUCAGGUCUCUGUGCCGAUUGCGCGCAGGGUUUUGCCGCAUAACUCAUCGUGAUGGAAGGCCCAGCCGGGCGCGUCUGCAACAAUGCAUUCUCUGCAACCGGGGUGUUCGAUCAGGCCUACCGCACCUUCUCAGCGAGUGCCCGGCAUUGCGGCAUUGGCACGACCUCCUGUCGGACCUAAAGCCGCAGCAAGAGCCUGCUUCUGCUGCGGAGACUGCCAGGGCCAUCUUGUCCUGCCCACCCAGGUCAAGUACCUUCGUUUGUGUUCUCAGGCUGGCUGCAGACAUCGACGAGAAGGUCCAGCAAUUCUGGCGUGAUGAAGCGUCUAGGUGA